ACGGUUGUACAAUUUUUUUAAUCACAUCUCGUGAAACGAACACCAAAAUAGAUUAACCUCCUCGGACUUCCACCCUGUUAUCUCUGUAAACAAGGAAUGUUUUGAAAAGCUCGCUGUAAUUUGCACCCACUCUUCAUGAUUCUAUCACAUCUUGAUGCUUCCUUCGCUCGGAAGACCCCGAUCCUUGCGUAAUUGAGAGGCCGUGUGUUCUUAAUUGCAUUGUGUCAACGCUCUUUAACAGAAUGUCAACAAACUACGUAAAUGAAGCAAGUAGCCAAUAAGAAUGCCUGAUUAGCUUGAUUUUCUCAUCAACAGCCUCUAGGUGAUACGUGGACAUCGACCAAUCGUCGAUUAAUGUUCAAUUUUGAUUUCUUAUCGCUGAAUAAUGAUAUUGUGAAAAAUUCCUGUAGGUCUCCAAGUACUGUUUUUAGGGUUCACAUCUACGGGUGGUAUCCUAUUUCUGUUUCGGUCAUCAGCGUGAGUCCUGAACGCCAACAUCGCAAUCAUCUAUUCUCAACGUUGUUGCGUGUCCAAUUUUAAACUAAGGAAUAUGAACGAAGCAAUCAGAAAUCCUGUUACUCCGUUCUCGAUCACCGAUAUUUUGAAUCGUAAUGAUGUCCCACAGCAGAAUAACAGCAGCCUUCCUUCUUGGAGUCAGCACCCUGCCCACACUCAUCCCGUGUCGCCGACAUAUUUGCCAUUACCGUACUUUCAAAGCGCUUUACCCAUCCAUCAGCUGAGCUGCUACAAAACAUUCACUGCCUCGCAAGUUCCUACAGCAUUGCCCUCACUUAGUAGAGAACGAAAACCUGAAGAAAUCGCAGAGCGAGCAGAAGAAAUAGCGAAAGUUCACAAAAACCACGAAAGAGAUGUCAACCACACCUCGACUUCCAACCCUCAACAACAGGCCAAACCGCGAAAGAAGCGAUCAAGAGCGGCCUUCUCUCACGCUCAAGUAUUCGAGUUAGAAAGACGGUUCAGCCAUCAAAAAUAUUUGUCUGGACCUGAGAGAGCAGAGCUUGCUGCUGCUUUAAAACUGACUGAGACACAGGUUAAAAUCUGGUUUCAGAACAGGAGAUACAAAACAAAACGACGUCAGCUCGCAUCAGAAAUUUGCCCUCCGAGUGCGGCGAAGAAAGUCGCGGUACGAGUUUUGGUUCGGGAUGAUCACAAACAGUAUGAAGACAUAGGAUUAUCGGGUCUAUCAAUGGCGCCAUUUGGCAGUCAAACCUUCGCUCCCCCUUGUGGUUUUUACUACAGAUGAAUUCAAGAUUACUAAAUCACGUCCCAAAUGCAACAACAAACAGACCCUUCAAUUCAAACCCUGCGAACACGAAGACAGUGACACUCAAAGAGUACCAUUCAAACAAUUUAAUCGCUGCCGUCCUCGAUGGCUCAAUCCCGAAACAAUUCUGCUUUAACACCAAAUAGCGGCAAAAAGGUAAAAAGAUUAGCGGAGGAUAACGUUUUAACUCCUAGCUACGGAAGUAAAUCACUUGCGUCCGGUGAAUUACAUGGAGUGGUCUACUCUCUCAAAGUUUACUCACAUCAUCGAAAUUAGAUUGCGCGAGUGUUAGGCUCUUAAUUACCUUUAAUCCAAGAUUAAGAUUAACGAGAGUGUAUGAUAGUGUUCAGAUUGAGUGGGGGACUGAAAAAAAUUCCCAAAAGAAACAAUUAUAGGCCUUAAGUUGAAGCAACGGUUAUUGGUAGAUAUCGAAAGGGAAUAGGGACAUGAACUAUAUUUCAAUUUUGUACCGACAAUAGCACUAAACUCAACCGCGUACCAAAGUACGCUACUUUGAUUUCUAUAGUAUCACUGUAGCUAAAAACCAUUUAAGUAAUAUUUUCCCAAACUUUUUUAACAUCACAAAUAGCGAAAAAAUUCACCGAAUUAGGUCGGAGAGCGCAUAAGAAAGACAUGGUCGCCAGUGAUAAACAAAUACACAUCCUUGAAAGAAGAGUCAGCCGAUUUUUAUUUCAUUGAUUCCUACGCGUAGAAAUGUUAAGUCGCGACGAGCUGAAAUACAGUCACAAGUAAUUCGGGAGAGAGCCGCAAUUUUAUGCAGCACAAAUAGAAAGUAUAAAAAGGCCCGGGUGACAUGUUUGUCCACAUCUCUUUUGAAUUACUUCAGCUUUAAUUGAUGCCUGGAGUUUCACAUCCGAGAGCGCUUUGUUAACUCUCGAUGGUGCGCAAGAAUUUAACGGUCGAAAUCAUUGCAUUUUUUCGAUUGAGUCAUUUACCGAGAGUGAGAUAGAGCGAUAGAUAAGUAUCACAGCGACACCCGAAAUACAAUUACAGUCGACUGAAUUUGAUUACA